CUGCACGAGCAAAAAGUGGUACGUACGAGCGCCAGCAACAGGACAAAGAGUCGUUUUGAACUUGGAAGCAGCUCGUUUUAACAAGCUACUGCACACCAAGCAGCACAAGCCCGCGAAACUCCCGUCUCAGCGGCCAUUAAAAAGUUCUCCCUGCCAGCACCACCAUAACAAAGCCGACAGUACCAUGCUCGCGACCUCGUUCGACCUGAACCAUCCGGCUGACCCAUCCACUCUCUCCAGGGACCUCAAAAUUGCGAGUGCGGCUUUACUGAUUCCGUACGCCCUGUAUGCAUCGCGCGUGACUGAACCGAAGCGCCGCGCCUGGCUGCUGACACUCAUUACGGCCUCGACGUGCGGCCCGCUCGCGCUCGGCGUCGUGCUCGCGCACGUCUGGCCGACGUUCGACGCCGCGGCUCAAUUCACGGACGCGCCGGCGGCGACGUUCGCCUGCCGAUUCUUCGUGACGUUCCUCGUGCUCGACUGCGCCGUCGGCGCGGUGCACUACCCGAAGCAGUUUCACCUCUUUGAGGGGUGGUUUCAUCACGCCGCCUACGCGCUCUUUUUCUCCUGGGGACUAACGCGCCGCGCGAGCGUGGGCUUCGCGUCGACGCUCGCGAUGGAGAUCCCGACGGCGCUGCUCGCGCUUGGGAAAUGUUUCCCGGCCUGCCGCCUGGACCUGCCGUACGGGGUAUCCUUCGCAGCGUUCCGCGUCGGCCUUAACCUGUACCUCCUCGCGCAGUGGUACGGCAACGGCCUUUUCCUCUGGCCCUGCGCGGUGGCGACGCUCGCGCUCCACUCGCACUGGUUCUGGCGCUGGUGCAAGAGCUACGGCCGGCGCGCCGCCAAGGAUGAGGCGCCGAGCAACCCCCUUUGACAAGUCCUUUGACCCCCAAGUAUCCUUGUAAAGAAACCUGUGA